CAUUGAUAUCAAUCUUAUCUCCCUCGUUCACACACACACACACACACACACACACACACCAAAAAACCUUCUUCUACUCCUCCUUUAUGCUCUAUCACACCCAUCAGUUUUAGCUUAUCCUUUCCACAUUCACACUCACCUUGCACUAUUGCUCAACAAUAUCUCCAAGCUCCCUCUAAAUUUCAUCAGCAAGAGACGCCAGACCUCUAGCGCGAAGUCAGACUUGCCCUCUACUUCUCUACAUAACACCAUUCUGUUCUCGGCAUUCUUGAACCAAGCUGCCCCAAAAUGACGACACCUCAAGUUAAUGGCGAUGUACCGGCAUCUUCUUUCCUCAAGCACCUGAACGGGUAUCCAGUGGUCCACGACGGCGUUGAGACCUUCAAGGCGAACCCGUACGGCCAAAAGUCCCUACAGCUGGGCGACUCGGCUUACAAGACCUUCGCCGCCCCCGUCCUGCCCUACCUCUCGAAACCUUACCAGUAUGUCGAGCCCUACGUCAAGAGGGCGGACGACCUCGGUGAUAAGGCCCUUGCCAAGGUCGACGAGAAGUUCCCCGUCGUCAAGAAGCCCACCGGCGAGCUGUACUCGGACGCCAAGGGCAUCGUGCUCCUCCCCUACAACAAGGCCUUCGAGGGCAGGGACCACGUCCUGAGCGUCUACAGCAGCGAGUACAAGAAGGUCGGCGGCGAGAAUGGCUCCGGCCUCAUCCUGACCGGCAAGGCUGCUGUCGCCACCGCCCUUAUCAUCACCUCUGAGACUGUCAAGUUCAUCGGAGACUACCUCGGCCAGAAGAAGGAGCAGGCGCAUCAUGUCAUCGACAACAAGACCCGUAACUAGUGCAGGUCGCCUGAGAGUCACCACACCCUCUGUCUGUCGUUCUCCGACAAAACUACCGUUUUCAGAUACCCCAAUUUCGUGCCGCUGGACGGGGAAGCAGAGAAAGAAGAAGAAGAUCAUCCUCCUCCCCCCAAGCACAACAUUCGACACAGAUGGGUCCCUUCGAGAUUGAACAUGACCUCUUUGGUAGAUCAAUAUGUUUGCAAUGGAGAGGGAUCGAGCAGCGAGCUUCGAAAAUCUAGUCCUCCUCCAUUAGAAGCGGCCGGAAAUCAUUACAAUAUUCAGUCUUGCUGUGUUUGUUCGACUACCUCUCCUUGUCUCUUUCACUCUCUCCUAACGCGUAUCAUUUCGCGGGAUGAUGUCUUGUGCCCGUGACCAUGGCUUACAGAGCUGUCAGAAGCAGUGACCGGUCCUCGUGUCAAUUUGGCUAGGGCAACCCUCCUUUGUUCGAUCUUAAAUUUUUUUUUUCUUAUUCUGUUUAUUUACCGGUGUCUGAAGCAAGACCGAUUUUGUCUCUUUUUUCCCUUCUUGGGUGUGCUGGCGGGCAAUGGCAAAGUCGGGGAUACUCAUUGAGAUUUGUGUUGCGGAAAACAUAGCUAAUAGAUUUCUGGUUUUUUUAACUCUUAUAUCGUG